GUCUGUGAACUUUGGCCCUCCUGCCGGCCCCUCUGCUCCUGCGGGCCCUCCCGUUCUGACCCGGAUGGCGCCCCCAGUGCCCCCUCGUCCCGUCCAGCAGUCCUACCGUCCGUCCUACAGCUCCUUCGCCUCCUCCUACAGCCCCUAUGGGAGCUCCAUGUACGGGGGGUACAGCCCCUACGGCGCCGGCGGCUUCAGUGGAGGCUACGGCGCCGGCGGCUUCGGCCUGGGAGGGUACGGCCGCCUCCCCCACCCGGAGGAAGUGGCCCCCAGCCGGUUCGUGCAGCAGGCCGAGGAGAGCAGCCGCGGCGCCUUCCAGUCCAUCGAGAGCAUCGUCCAGGCCUUCGCCUCCGUCAGUAUGAUGUUGGACGCCACUUUCUCCGCCGUCUACAACAGUUUCCGCGCCGUGCUGGACGUCGCCAACCACCUGACCCGGCUGCGUGCACACCUCACCCGGGUUCUGUCGGCCUUCGCUCUGGUUCGCACUCUGCGCUACCUGUACCGGCGGCUGCAGAGGCUGCUGGGCCGGAGGGCGGGCGGCGAGGUGGAGGACUUGUGGGCCGACAGUGCGAGCGACGCUCUGGCGACGGGAGCGUCCAGAGGGUCGGAGCCGGGGAUGGAGGAGCAGACCGUGAAGUCCUGGCCCAUCUUUCUGUUCUUCGCUGUAGUCCUGGGGGGGCCCUACCUCAUCUGGAAGCUGCUGAGCUCCAGCCCCGACUCCGGAGACAACGCCACUAACUGGGCGAGCGGGGAGGACGACCACGUCGUGGCCAGAGCCGAGUACGACUUCUCCGCUGCGUCUGAGGAGGAGAUUUCUGUGCGAGCUGGAGACAUGCUCAACCUCGCCCCUAAAGAGCAACAGCCCCGGGUGCGAGGCUGGCUGCUGGCCAGCGUGGACGGUCAGACCACGGGACUCGUCCCGGCCAACUACGUGAAGGUCCUCGGCAAGAGGCGAGGCCGUAAGCAGGCGGAGAUGGAGAGGCUCGCUCAGGUCCAGCCGGACGCCGCGCAGGCCUCCCAGACCGCCCAAGGCUUCGCCGCGGCACUCGGUUCGGCCUCCGCCUCGGCUUCCUCGGAGGAGCUGCUGGAGUCGGUGUACACAGAAACUCCAGCUGCCUUCGGCCUGGGAACAUCCGACGCCAGUUUGCCCUCCAGCACGGCGCUAAACGUCCCCGAGAGGACGGACUUGUGAUGUUUGUGAAUGCGUGCGUCUGUAAGCAGGUCGUAACGUCGGCCGCUGUUUAACUCUGAAGCUUGACUAAUAAUGAGCUGACAGUAGGUAUCUGGGGAAACAUCUCUAAGAGUGGCUCAAAGUAGUUCCUUUAAUCUAUACUGUUUCAUAUCAUGUAACACA